CUCAAAUCUUGUCUGCCUUAGCCAACAACCAAAGCCAGUAGCCUGCCCAUCUGUCUGUCUGCAUCAUGACGCCCAGUGGUCCAACGAAGCCCAGGCACUGUCCGGCGCCUCCUGGGGCAUCCACGCUGCCACGAUGGCGGCCAGGUUGCCGAGUACGUUGGGGCUGAUGUUCUCCCAGUGCAUGCCCUCGCCGAUGUCCAGCCUCAUGCCUCCCAUGUCGAUACUCAGCGGCUCCUCGCCCUCACCCUCCGCCAGCCGCCGCGUUGGCCGACUUGGCGCGGCAACCGACUCGCCAGGCAUGAAGCCUCCGCCGCUGAGGGGGGCGUCGUAGGUCAUGUUGGUGGCCGCCUGCAGGGCGCGGCGGUAUUGCUUGCUCACGCAAGCGUAGCGCGGGAGGAACAUCGCCAGGAGGGACAGCCCCUGCGACGCGCCGAACUGCGAAAUAGUGGAGAGACAUGUACUUGCCAUUUGCGAAUCAGUUCAUUCAUUCGAGACAGCACAGUGACAGUGCGCUGCGUAGCGUACCGGUUCCUCGCUCAUCCACUUGGCCCAGAAGUCCUUGCCCGCAUUCUUUCCGCGCAUGUCCUUCGAGUCGACAUUGGCCGUCUGGAUGCACACCGUCCCGGGGGGGCAGUUGAGCGGACCGCAGCUGCGCUUCACAGACUGCCGCGCCAGAUCCUUCCAGCACGGCACACUGUAGUCGCUGAAAACCGCGUCCAGCCUGUCGCAUUUAUCCUUGAAGUAGCCGGGGGUGGACAGAGCGCGGCCCGGCGGGGCCUUGGAUUCGCUCAGGAUGGACAGCACUUGCCAGGCGUCAUUCUCCCACGUGUAUGGAGGCCACUCGGGGAGGGAUUUGUCGACAUCGGGGAUUCCCGUCUCGACGAAGGACUCGAGGUAGCGAUGGUACGUGUAGACGGCCUCCUGCUCCUCGGGGGUGAAGCGGAAUUCUGCAGGCACGUGCGUGCGAGAGGUAUGUGUGGUCGAUGUCUCUGACAGUCAGCCUGGUCGUCUUUGUUGGUUGGUGCUGAUUUCUGACCUUUGCCGAGGUAGAGGCCAGCGUUCUGCAGCAUCCAGGGCUUUUCCUCAAGAUGGCAACGAAUGUCGUAGCGGGAACAGAACCGAUUGAUGAUCUGAAAUCAAGGGAGCACCUUCAUUCAUUCAAUGAGACACUUGUCACAUACACCUGUGUGUGUGGCACCAUGCACAGCGUACGUAUCCGUAGCUUGCAAUGUCAUUGCCUUCUGCCAGCUUCUCGUCCUUUGCGUAUGACCAUCUGGGCAGCCAAUACAAUGCAGAUAUACAUUGGAAAAUUGGCGUACUGGAUGAUCGCUUAGCCUAGCUUACCCCUCUUCGAAAGUCCCGAGGUGACACCUGCCCCCUUUCUCGUUUACCGCGGCACACAAGUACCGACCCGCGCACAGAAAGCGAUGGUCGCCAAAGAGACUGACGAACGAACUUGCUGAGACAAUAUGCACAUGCCACAAAUUCAGAUAGAUGUUCUUGAAGGUUGAAGGCAGGUGCGUACUUACCUGUGUCAGGCUGGUUUGGCAUCAGGCCCCAGACUGCGGGCUCUCCAACACCGCUGGGGGGAUAGCCUUGCAGCACGUCGUACUGAGACACAACAGCAGGUGGACAAACAGGCUCGUAGAAGAUAGUGAGACUGGAGAGGAGACAUGAUGUCGUAUCAGUAUACUGACUGCAUCUUCUCCAAAGAGAUAGGUGACGGCAAUGGACCAUGUCAGACGGUUCAACACGAAGUUGGUGAGCCAGAAUCGCAGUUGGUCUGGCAGCCACCGCGUCGCGGCGUAGAGGAGGGCUCUCAUCAGCGGCGGGCCCUCAUGUGCCGAAACCGUGUACAUCAGAGGCACGUCUGUGUUGAACCAUCCCUGCAAACAUUAACACAGAUGUGCGUUGAAGAAGAGCCACAAACACGUGUGGAUUGGAUUACCUUCUUGAUUUUCUCAAAGCAGUCCUCUGUAAUGAACUUUCCGUCGAUGACAGGACUCCACGGCGUGGCGCCGAGGAACAAGUCUUCGAGCGCUGGAUAGACACUCCCCAGUAGGCUGGCCACCUUCAUCUUCUCGAGGGGAACUCCCUUGAGGCAGGCCUUGUACGCUUCGGCGUCCUGGAUGAAGUUACCGCACUCCUUGAACACAGCACCGAGAGCGAACCUUGUUUGGGAUUUGCUGCGCUGAAGGACACAACAAACACAAUGAAGGACAUACAAGGGAUAAUCCUACAGACAUGUUGCUCUCACGCACGUCGAGCCUUCUCGCGAAUGAACAGCAGGGAGUCGACACAGCGAUGGCCUUGUGGAAAAGGACCCCGGCGUUAUCCGAUGCCAGGUGACAGAUAGUGCUUGUCGCCCCCGCGCUGAAACCCAAGAGCGUCACGCUGUCAGUCAGACCGCCAAAGUACUGCAUGGUGGAAAGGAUAUACCAUCAGAGUACACGUGCGCUUCUCUCUCAGCUGUGUCUCACAUUGAUGUAAUUGUGGAUCCACUCGAGGGCCAAGGUCUGGUCUUGCAAGUGCAGGUUGCCAGGAGCCCAGUCCGCUGCAAUGGCGCCGAAGAGCGCCAGUCGAUAAUUGAACCCGACAACGAUCUUGCCUGCACCAAAAAACUCAGGCUCCGAUAUGCAUGGCGAUGUGUCUCUUUGUGUUUUCAACGUGAGAUACCCAGCGCGUUCGCAAAUGCGGCGCCAUCGUUGAAUUUGGACCCCGACGUGCCUGCCAGGAACGACCCCCCGUGGAUCAUCGCUAUCACAUCGACGGUUGUCUUCUUCUCCCGCACCACACUCGGCACCCACACGUGCAGAUACAAGCUGCAACAAAACACACACACACAUGACGUGAAAGGGCCCAUGCAUGGGGCUUUACGUGGCUCUCUCUGUGCACUGUGCGUGCCGUGCGCCUACCAGUCUUCCUCAACACGUGCCGGCCGGGACUCGCAGAAAUAUGGAGUGCCGACGUAUUCGUCGCACAUGCUGGGGCAGGCGGGGCCGUGCUCCUGAGCAUCGAUCUUGCCGGACGGAUGGAGGAGAUACGGCUCCUCGAACCGAUGGGCGACUGACAUUCCCCACAGAGAUGGAGAUGGACAUGCACGCGCUAUGCACGCGCACAGCCGCAGCGAUCAAUCGUACCUACCUACCUCCAUAUUUGAUGCCCAGGAAGGCGUCGGUGUCCGUGUCAGGCUGGUAGAUGCCGUGAAUGGUCGCAUCUGAAGCAUGGCAGGCACCACAUACAUGAAUACUUAGCCGUCGGGACCGAGCAGACAGACAGAUGAGUGCUGGCAUACCUACCUUUGAAGGCAAUGACAGGAUCCCCCCACUUGGAUUGGGCCCGCACGCGAAAAAGAAACAGAAGGGCAACAGCUGCGCCUCCAAUGUGCUUCAUUG